UCCAGGUGUGGUCUCACCAAGGCCUUCUACAACUGCAAUAGAACCUCCCUGCUCCUGUACUCGAAUCCUCGUGCUAUGUAUGCUAACAUACCAUUCGCCUUUUUCACCGCCUGCUGUACCUGCAUGCCUACUUUCAACGACUGAUGUACAAUGACACCCAGGUCUCCUUGUACCUCCCCUUUUCCUAAUCGGCCACCAUUCCGAUACAGUUGUCCCAUGUUUUUCGAACGUUCGCUUUACGAAACCUCACUGUUACGAAAGAUCUACAUUAGUUCCUUGUUUUUGCUUUCAGAAGGUGUUUUCACUGUUACGAAAAAGAUCAGCGCGUGAUAAAAAAUCAGUGCUCGAUAAAAAGCAGCGUGUGCCCCGAGCAGCCGUUCUCCCCCGGAUUCGGAACGGCAUUCUCGCCGGCAUUGCUUAAACACAUGCCUGUGAGCAGCCGUUUGCAAAAUGAGUUCUAAGGUAUCGGAAAAGCCUGAAAGAACUCGUAAGGGUGUUACACUUAGCGUAAAACUAGACAUAAUUAAGUGUUUCAAUCGUGGUGAACGAAGUAAAGACAACGUGAGUUUGACCUGUGGAAGCUGACGAAGAUGUUGAAGAGGUUUUGGCAUCCCAUGACCAAGAUCUGGUAGAUGAGCUGAUGCAAUUGGAAGAGGAAAGGAUAACAAUCGAAACCGAAUGCAGUAGCGAAAUGAACGUGAAGCAACUGCGUGAGAUUUUCGCUGCAAUGAUAAGUACGACUUUAAUUUUGAAAGGGUAUGUCGGUUUAGGGGAUAUUUGCAGGAUGGUUUGAGUGCUUACAAAGAACUGUAUGAUAGAAAAAUGCACAAGGCUCAGCAGUCAAGCAAGCCUUCCACAUCAGCCACAGCAGACGACGAACCUCGACCUUCAACAUUGAGGCGGGCAGUCAUAGGAGAAGAUGAGCUGCCUGCUCUAAUGGAAACAGAGGACACCCCAGUGUCCCACCGCCCCAACACCCAGGCCGCAGACAGAUACUGAUUCGCGGAGAAUGCAGCAGUAGCCGGGAGGCACACAGCACUGCAAUCGGCACUGAUCUGGGCCGAUAAUUACGUGUCGGGCAACACCUAAUUAAUUAGCAUGUUUACUUCGGCUUUUUUCUUAAAGAUGUGCUGUGGCCUCUGGGCUACCGCUGGACCCUUGCAUGCUUCACGGAUCAGUAUCAGUCGGCAGCCCGGAGGGUGGAGGCCACUGCACCAGCCAAACUCCGACAACUCAGCCUAACACACCACCUCGGCGCUGUCCCAAUUCCGGUAAGUGAUACUGCACUGUACCUUAUUUCUACUUUAUAUCGGCUGUGUAUUUUUACAUGUUAUUUGGUAUGAUUUGGCAGCUUCUUAGCUUAAAGGUUACUGGAGAGAGUGUUUUUGCCAACAGCCCUUGUAUGAGAUUUUCUGCUGAGAGCACUUGCGUAAGAUUUUCACUUCGGAGAACAGUGCCAGCAAUGAUUGUGGAAAAGUACUUCUACUUUAUAUAGGCUGUGUAGUUAUCAUAUCAUUCCUGCUUUUACUAUAUGUUACUGUUAUUUUAGGUUUUAUGUGUUAUUUGGCAUGAUUUGGUAGGUUAUUUUUGGGUCUGCGAACGCUCACAAAAUUUUCCCAUAUAAAUAAAUGGUAAUUGCUUCUUCGCUUUACAAUAUUUCGGCUUAUGAACUGUUUCAUAGGAAUGCUCUACCUUCGGAUGGCAGGGGAAACCUGUAAUAAUCUGUUUUCCUGUUCUUGCCACCAAAGUGGAUAACCUCACAUUUAUCCACAUUAAAUUGCAUCUGCCAUGAAUUUGCCCAUUCACCUAACCUAUCCAAGUCAUCCUGCAUCCUCUUAGCAUCCUCCUCACAGCUAACACUGCCGCCCAGCUUCGUGUCAUCAGCAAACUUGGAGAUGCUGCAUUUAAUUCCCUCGUCUAAGUCAUUAAUAUAUAUUGUAAACAACUGGGGUCCCAGCACUGAGCCUUGCGGUACUCCACUAGUCACUGCCUGCCAUUCUGUAAAGGUCCAGUUUAUUCCCACUUUUUGCUUCCUGUCUGCCAACCAAUUCUCUAUCCACAUCAAUACCAUACCCCCAAUACCAUGUGCUUUAAGUUUGCACACUAAUCUCCUGUGUGGGACUUUGUCAAAAACCUUUUGAAAAUCCAAAUAUACCACAUCCACUGGUUCUCCCCUAUCCAAGCUACUAGUUACAUCCUCAAAAAAAUUCUAUGAGAUUCGUCAGACAUGAUUUUCCUUUCACAAAUCCAUCGCACUCUAGGGACACCACAACAAACUGCAACUGCCCUUCAAAUCCUUGGAGGAAGAGUUCAAGGUCGCAAGAGCCAGAGAAGUGCUACAUUAUAGGGACUCAAGUGACCCAAAGGUGGCUAGAGCAGGGAUCCAAGUGAGGACUGGCAGGAAGUGGAGGGCAGAGGAAGCUGUUCAGGAAGCAGAGGUGAGGCUGCGUCACAGGAGGCUGGUGGGGGUGGUCAUACGAGACCGAGCUGGGCUAGGAUCCUUUCCAACUCCCCAGCUGGACACCAGAGGGAAGGAAAGGCGUUGUCUGGUUCAGGAGGAGGUGAGAGCAGUAGUGGAGGAGACGAGAGUCUGCAAGGCGGUGGGAAUGAAGCAACAGGGAGCUUGGACAAGAUGGGAGAAUGCGGAUGAGAGGAAAGUGACCUGGGCUGAUCUCAUAGCUUGGAAGAAGCCUUUGAAAGGAAGCUCUCCAAGUAUGCAGGACUGGUCAGCAACUGUCAGCAGGCUGGAUGGAGAGCAAGGUGUCUCCCAGUGGAGGUUGGUUGUGAGGGAUUCACAGCCCAUUCCCUAGUUAGAGCCUUCAGCAUUUCGGGCAUCGAGGGAGAGAGGAAGAGGAGAGCCAUCGGCAGUACCACUGAUGCGGCAGAGAGGGCCUCAAGACGGCUGUGGCUCAAAAGAGGGGAGCCAUGGAGUCAUAAGUAGCUAGCCAUCUGGACACAAGCUGGGGUCUGAUCAACCCCGGCUGGGUCACCUGGAGGAGGUUGUAUGAUGUUAAAAGACCCGAAACACCCGAUGAUUCCAGGAACAUCACUGAAGAUGUGUUCAGAAGCAUCAAUAUAUGUAUGUACACAGUAAUCUCUCCCAGCUGGUAUUUGGUUUGUGUUUGCAACAUGGUUUUAUUGAGGUCUGGAGCUAAAUGGUUCUGGUGAAACCCAAACUAGGAAUCUAUGAUCAGGUUACUUUGGAGAGUAAGUACUGUUCAAGGACACUGUACUUCUUGCUGAUGAUUGAGGGUAGAUGGGAAAAAAUUAGAUUAGAUUAUGAGGACACGCAGUCCUCUUUUAUUGUCAUUUAGUAAAGCAUGCAUUAAGAAAUUAUACAAUGUUUUUCCAGAAUGAUAUCACAGAAAUGCAUGACAAACUGACUUAAAAACUAACAAAAACCACAUAAUUAUAACAGAUAGUUCCAACAGUGCAAAGCACAUACCAUGGCACGGUAAAAGUCUCAAAGUCUCUCGAAAGUCCCAUCAUCUCACGCAGACGGUGAACCUCCAGCGCUGCCAACUUGCAGAUGCAGCAUACUGGAAGCAUCCGACCACAGUCCGACUCCGAGUCCGUCUGAAAACUCCGAGUCUCCAACCAGCUCUCCGACACCGAGCACCAUCUCUGCCAAGCGCUUUGACCCCGGCCCCGGCAACAGGCGAUAGGCAAAGCCGAGGAUUUGGGGCCUUCUCCAGAGAUUCUCGAUCGCACAGUAGCAGCGGCAGCGAAUAUAGUCAAUAUAUUUGUGUUUCCUUUUGUAACUAUGCAAUUUUCCACCAUUGGUUACAACCCUAGCAGCAACUAUACUGGAACACCUUCCAGUUUGGUUUAGAAAGCAAGUCUUGAGUCUGAUUCUGACUCUUGCCUUUGUAUCUUUUGUUCUCAGCUUUUCCUUGAUUUGUGGUUGUGGGAAUCUUGAGAGAAAGCUGAGAUGGGUUUUUAGUAAUUCUGGUUUACAAAGGAGCAAAGUUAGACUUGGGAAUUAUCCCAAUUUAAUAAAGUAAUCAGAAUUAGUAUUUUGAACUGUCUUUCAUCCACAAUGCUAACUUUGGAAUUUUGUUCAAUUUUUAAAAUAAAAUUCAGGUAUGAUAAAAUGUGAAAAUGAGGGUAGCCUGCCGGAACCCAAAAUGCUUUCUAAUAAAACUUUGAACAUACAGUAUGUUUUCUAGUGGUUAAUCAGGUGACAGUUACACUAUUUGAUAAAAUAAGCCACUUGGAAAAUGCAGCAUUUUCCAGAUUUAGGGUUCUUUCCCUAUAUGUUCCUGUGGAUCUACAGGGAAAUUGGCCGUAAGUAGGGAAGUUGUAGAAUUUUGUAAAGAAAAAAGUCCAUUUCUGGCAGACUGUUAUGUGCCAGCUUUUGUUUCUGAGGCCUUAAUUGUCAGUUUUGCAAGGUGCUUUCCAGUACUAGUGACAAAUGAAAGACUAAUUACUGAAACAAGAUUUGUAUUUCUCUUCCUUCAGUUAGUCCUGACGAAGGGUCUCGGCCUGAAACGUCGACUGCACCUCUUCCUAUAGAUGCUGCUUGGCCUGCUGCGUUCACCAGCAACUUUGAUAUCCGUAACAUGGUGGCGGUGCUGGAUGUGAUCUCCAGUUUGGAGAAGUAUCCCAUUACCAAAGAAGCCCUCGAGGAAACGAGGCUGGGGAAACUCAUCAAUGAUGUACGGAAGAAGACCAAGAAUGAGGAGCUUGCAAAGCGUGCCAAGAAACUGCUAAGGAGUUGGCAAAAAUUGCUGGUUGAGCCUGUCGGGCAGAUCGAGUCUGUGCCCAGAGCACUGUCCAAUUCCCCUGGUUCAGCUAAUGGGGGAGCACAUGCUUUCAAGCAUGACUUGCCAUCUUUGGCCACCAGCACUGCUGUCGGAGGGGCCAAGCCGGUACCAGAUCUGAAAAAUAAGAACGAUGUGCACAAGUCCUACUCUCUCUUUGGUGACAAGCAGGGUAUUCGGAAACGGAAAGGGGAUGGUAUGAAGGGGCCACCAUCCAAAGUCCCAAAGCACAAUAGUGAACAGUUGCAGAACUCUACAUCACCACCAAGCAAUGGAAUCCGCAGCAGUCCUGAAAACUUCCCAAGCCCUCCUGACACAAUACCUUCAAACACCCAUGCAGUCCCAGAUAAAAGCCGAACAGACCCUCAGGCACCUUAUGAAAAUGACAAGCAUAGCAAGAUACCAGUCAAUGCUGUGAAACCACAUACCAGUUCUCCAGGUCUUGUAAGAAACCCUAGCACUUCCACGUUGCUAAAGACUGCUAUUCUACAGCAACAUGGAAAAACUGAUGAUCCUGUGGGGCGUUAUCGACCCAGUAGCCCACGCUGUCAAUCAUUUAGCCCAAGGACUCUUAAACAGGAAAUGCCAGCCAAACCUUCCUCAACAUAUGCACCCAAGGGCUCUAUUGCUAGUCCUUCUCAGAGCUUUACAGGGACUUUGGCUCAAGCAGGUACUGAUUCUGACAGGACAGUGUCUCACCUGCCCAAGAAACAUGUUCAGAUGUCAUCUCCUGUAUUGCAGGCAGCUGCAACACCACCUCUGCCAUCCCAGGUAAAAAGCUUACACCUAACAGAGACUGAAAGCCUCUUAGAUCGGCUAGUAGAGACACCUGGUUCAGAGACUCUUGUUGAAAACCAACUUCAGCACCAUUCUUCCCCACAGCCGCAGGACUUGGUGUAUUCCUCACAUAGUCCUAAUUCAUCAACUUCACAUCGCGGAGAAUCCUUGCAGAAUCUUGACUUGGAUGCUGUUAUGGGAGACUUGCCUGCUAGUGAGUGUUCCUUCUUUGGUCACGAUAACAAAAAGUCAUCCAAGAAAAAAUACAGGCCCAGAGACUAUCAGGUGAACUUAGAUGGACAAGUUAAGGAUGAAAGUGUAAAGCCUGUACGGUUGAAAGAACGUAGAAUUACAUUUGAUCCUGCUACAGGACAGAUCAAACCUUUAAUACAUAAGGAUUCAUCUCAGGCUGAAAGCUCAGUUCCAGCUGAGCCCCAUCGAACCACUGAAGUGGUCCAAGAACAGAGAGUAAACUUGCAAACUACUUUAGAUCAAACUAACUGGAAAGAAUUAUCAAAAAAUGAAAUUAUUCAAUCAUACUUAUCGAGACAGAGCUGCCUCCUUUCGUCCUCUGGAGUGCAGCCACCCGGAGGUCACAUUGUUGAAUUUCUACAGCACGAAAGCCACAGGUAUAGCACUAGCACAGAGGCCCGUGAGGUCCAUGUAUUGAUACCUACAGACACUCCCUCAGAACUUCCUGGGGUCAGUAGAGCGAUCAAAGACUCAGAUGUUCAGCGAAUACAUGAGCAACACUGGGCUGGUGUGAAUGGUUGCUGGGACAACCAGGGCAAUUGGUAUGAUUGGACGCAGGGCAUAUCUUUGGACCCUCAAGGUGAUCAGGGACAGCUGCAUAUACUGCCAUAUGUCUGUCUGGACUGAGCAUUAGUGCCCAUUUGGCUUGCUUUUAAGGUUUAAGAUCAUCUGAUGGUAAACAAGUGGUUCCCACUUACUAAAGAUGAGCAAAUAUAUCAGGGUUGCAAGAUACAGUUCUGAAGGUUCUAAUUCUCAGCCCAUCGGUGUAAGAACCCCUGCCCCCACCCAACCCCAGUACCCUCUCUUCUGCAGUUUGCUGCUAUCAGUGUUUUAACCAAAAUUGCAAAGGAGGGAAAGAAGCACAGGAGGAGUUUGAGAAAGAAAAAGGAAAGAAUGGUUAGUUCUGAUGUAUAUGCAACUCCCCUUAGGGAUUGGGACAGGUUUUAAUGGGUGGUCGACAAGCUUAGUGAGGAACAGUUUGUGGAAGAAAGUUGAGGUUUGAUAAAGGAUCCAGCACUUGACAAUAGGCUGGAGAUGGUCUUUGGGGCAGUUACAGGAGCUUUAUGUGGCAUCCAAACUAAAUGAAUAAUGUUACCUUAAAAAGUAUACAUCUAUUUAUUUUAUUUCUUUUUUAAAAAAAAAACAAAACACUUUAAUUUGGCAGUGAGACAAAUGUGCAAAAACUGUAGGUUUCUCUUAUUUACUCACAUUUUUUGAGCAUAAUUUUUAUCGUGAAAAUCAAGUCAGACUGUGAAUGUUUGCACAGUACCAUGUCAUACCAAACAUUCCAAAGGUCUUCACAUGCUGGUAGUUGCUGUCAUCUUCUGUUUAAAAUAAAAUCCUUGGGUCUUCAUAAUUUAGGUUUAAAAAUGUUUGAAAAGAAAUCUAUUUUACUAAGUCAAAAAUGAGUUUUUUAGCCACCUUACAAAAUUCAAACAUUAACAAUGUAAUUUUGUUCUCUGCUUUGCUCUCUUGCUUGAUCUCUACAAAUGUUCUCACUUCCCCAAAUCUCAAAGUGGACAAAAUAAAGAGGGUGCUACUAGUUUGCAACUUUGUACUGUGAGAAGUUGAUUUACAAAUCACAAAAUUUCAAAAGGAAUCGUUUGUAUGCUGGAGAUAUACUUGUUACCAUUCCUUUAGAUAUUGUUUGCCUUAUGGAAUCCAUCAUACCACAACUGCAAAACAAGAAGCCUUAGUGAAUGUACAGAAAUUAGACUUCUGUGUUCUGCACAAUACAGAAGGAAUGACUUUGCUAUUUGGUCCUUUUAAGUGGACACAUUGUGAUAUAAAUGUGGAAACAAUAAAAAAAAUUUGCACAGAAGUUUGCCCCCUUUUAUUCAAAAUGACUUCUCUGAUGAAAUUAUACUUGCAAAAAUCACCUCUCGAACAGAUGAUCAAUGCUGUAUUUAAUUCUGAAGUGGAUUCAUCUGAAUAGACAUGAAUGUGAACAUGUCAAGUUAAUUUUUUGUGACAUUGCUGGUCCGAACUUUAGUUGCAUUGUUCUUGUUCCUGUUUCAACCUCUAAUUAAAAGGCACCCGUUCUCAUGUUUUAGAGGUCUGAGUGGUGCUGAACAGUAAUUUAGUAAAAUUCUGUAUUCCAUCCAUUGUACUUGAAUGAUA